AUGCUUCUACUUUUCACAAUCUAUAUUUCUGAUCUAAAAGGGUUUAAUAUAGCUCUCGGAUUCUUAAAUACACCAGAAAACACAUAUUAUGCAAAAUCACUAGUAGGAUUUCACAGUUGCGUUGAUGAAGAAGAAAAUAAAAUUAAAUAUCCAAUAACACCUCAAUUUUUAGAAAAUCAGAUACAAUUAAAUCUAUCAGAUGCGCAAAAUAUUGAUGAUAAAUAUGUAUUACAACAUUGUAGUUUAAUCAUGACUAAAAAUUUAGAGAAAAAAUGGAGAAAAUAUGCAAAUCCAACAACCUACCUUAAUAUAUACUCAGGGAAAACACGCAAAACUGUUAAACCUUUUACACAAUCACCAAAUGGAACAUUAUUUUUCACAAAUUACACAAUUCUAAUUGCCGAAAAUUCAUCUCCCAUUACACCUUCAUUCAUGGUUAUGCCAUAUGAUCCAGUUCUUAUACAAAAUCAAGCGAAAAUCAAUAUAACAUUUUCUAUUGAGUUCAUGAAAGUAGAUAUACCACCAAAAGACAAUUUCAAGUUCCCAUACUUAUAUUUAUUAUUACCACUUGGAUCAAUGUUUUUUGUAUUGAUGGUCAGAUGUGUAAUAUCUUCAUAUUUCCCAAAUAUCACUCUUGUUGAUGUUGUUGAAGCAUGGAAAAUCCCAGAUAUGCAUUCCAAUUAUCUUCUUUUCUCAACAACAAGUUUAAUUCAUGUUUUUACGUUAUUAUUUGCGACUUUUGUGAAAAAUGAUACACAGCCUUUAGUUUAUACAUUUUAUAAUGCAUAUAUAUUUGCAUCUUUCAUUCCAUCAUUGCUGAGAACAAUUUUUGAUUUCGUUUUCCAAAUUCCUAUUUUCGAACCGAAUUAUGCAUCCACAGUACUUUUUCCAAUAAUAUUUAAUGGAAUAGGUUUCUUUGUAUACUUAUAUAUAAUGAAAUAUAUCUUUGGUUCUCAUUUAACUUAUGGCUUCUCAGGAAUCAUUCUUAUCGUUUUGAUUCACAUGGGACCAUUUCUUAUAGUAAGAGCAAUUUCAUUUUUGGUAUAUAAAUCUUUACCAAAUACAUGGCAGAUGAAAAAUAAAAUCAAAUUCACAAAACUUAAAUAUCAAGGGAAAUGCGGCGAUUUUCUAUUGAAUAUAAUAUACAACAUUGUAAUUUUAUGCAUGAGUUUUCAGUUCUAUCAACAUAUUAUAGAUAUUUAUCUUGAUGCCAUUCCUUUUAACUUUGAACUUGCAUGGAGUACCUUUUUAAUAACUACAUCUGCAGGAAUGACCUAUGGAGCUAUCCAAACAUUAAGAGAUGUUAAAUAUCAAAGAUUUUUCAUGCAUUCUUAUUUCAUCAAUAUGUGCUAUGCAUUUCUUUUUACAACAGCUUAUUGUAUUAUUGAAAUUCUAGCCAAUCGCAAAAUUACUCAGUUUUUGAGUUUAUUACGUUCUGGUUUAGGCGGAUGUGGUGCUGUCGGAAUUUCUAUCAUGAUUGCUUUCUUCGCACCAUUCACAACGUCAUUCCUUAUUAUAUUUUCCAUUUUUAGAAUAUAG